GCGCGAGCCGCUGCGGGAGGCGAGGAGGAAGCUGCGCGUCUUGGGAGGCGUGCGGGACACGUACGGGCGGACUGUCGGCCGCUGGGAGCUGCGGGACCCCGGGCGAGAAAUCUGCCGGCUUUUGUGGGACCGCUCCCGGUCUACUGAAUGCCAGCUUACUUCGUGUGCAUCUGGGAGGUUUGGGGGCAGGUGACAGCACCGUGACCUAUCACCAUGGAUGGAGAUGGACUUUUCAAUGAAGAAACCCGAAGUGUCUUUACCAGUCAGGGUGCUUUGACUGGCCAAGGUUUUGACAAAACCUACCUAGUUCUCUCCGGGGGAUCCGAAUGAGAGAUCUCAGACACCUUCACUGCGAAAGCCAAGGACAUUUCUGUAUAAUCAACGGAUGAAAGGGUUUUCGCAGACUCUCUUUCCAACCGUUUUCCUUGAGGAUUAAUCCACUAGAUUCCACAGUUCCGGUGGAGACUGCAAGGCAUACAAUGUGGCAGAAGCCUAGAGCGCCUUUGGAAUCACUCUGGACCCUGCCUUUUUAGCCUGGAGGACUCUUCUUGCCUAUGCCACUCCCCUCCCCUGCCCCCAACUCUCUCCUGCUGUCGUUGACUGGAUCUCGUUUUCCCUGGUGAAGUUCUGUUUCCAAACUGUUCCCUGGAGCUAUAAGUGGAUUGGCAGUAAUGAGAGAUUAGGCGGUGGGAGAAGCACGGUGCCCUGUGCCGUGUCCUCUUCCUGCUGCGGCUGCCGAAAUGAAGUGCUUUUUCCCAGUGCUGGGCUGUCUGGCUGUGCUGGGUGUGGUGUCUGCACAGCGACAGGUCACCGUCCAGGAAGGACCCUUGUACCGCACAGAGGGCUCCCACAUCACCAUUUGGUGCAAUGUGAGUGGCUACCAAGGUCCCUCUGAGCAGAACUUCCAGUGGUCCAUUUACCUACCCUCCGCUCCGGAACGUGAAGUCCAGAUCGUUAGCACAGUGGACUCGUCCUUCCCUUACGCCAUCUACACCCAGCGAGUCCGAGGCGGGAAGAUCUACGUGGAAAGAAUCCAGGGGAACUCGGCCUUGCUGCACAUCACAGAGCUGCAAGCCCGGGAUGCUGGGGAGUAUGAAUGUCACACCCCCAACACGGAUGAGCGCUACUUUGGGAGCUACAGCGCCAAGAUGAACCUAGUGGUGAUCCCAGAUUCCCUGCAGACCACAGCUGUCCCCCAGACUCUGCACAAAGUGGAACAGGACCCACUGGAGCUCAGUUGUGAAGUGUCCACUGAGAGUGACCAGCACAGCCACCUCUCAGUAUCCUGGCUUCGGCGGAAGGGUGGUGAGAAGCCAGUGGAGGUCAUUUCCCUGAGCCGAGACUUCAUCCUGCACUCCAGCAGUGAAUACGCCCAGCGGCAGAGCCUGGGGGAGGUGCGGCUGGACAAGCUGGGGAGAACCACCUUCCGCCUCACCAUCUUCCACCUGCAGCCCUCCGACCAGGGCGAGUUCUACUGCGAGGCUGCCGAGUGGAUCCAAGAUCCAGAUGGCUCUUGGUACGCCAUGACUAGGAAGCGCUCCGAGGGUGCUGUGGUCAACGUCCAGCCCACUGACAAAGAGUUCACCGUGCGCCUGGAGACAGAUAAGCGGCUACACACAGUGGGCGAGGCAGUGGAGUUCAGGUGUAUCCUAGAGGCUCAGAACAUUCCUGACCGGUACUUUGCCGUCUCCUGGGCCUUCAACAGCUCACUCAUCGCCACCAUGGGGCCUAACGCUGUGCCGGUCCUCAACAGUGAAUUUGCCCACCGUGAAGCCAAGGGACAGCUUAAAGUGGCCAAAGAGGGUGACGGUGUCUUUGUACUUAAGAUAUACCACCUUCGCCAGGAAGACAGCGGUAAAUACAACUGCCGGGUGACAGAGCGAGAGAAGACUGUCACUGGCGAGUUCAUCGACAAGGAAAGCAAGCGUCCCAAGAACAUCCCCAUCGUCGUCCUUCCCCUCACAGAUAACUGGGUAGUUAAAGUCCCCCAGCAGCACCAGAUCCUGCCCCAAGGCCACUUGGAAAGCAGCAUUUCCGUGGAGGUGGCCAGCAAUGCCAGCGUCAUCCUCGAGGGCGAGGAUCUGCACUUCUCCUGUAGCGUCCGCACAGUGGGCAGACUGCAGGGCCGCUUCUCUGUCAUCUGGCAGCUUGUGGACAGGCAGAACCGCCGCAGCAACGUCAUGUGGCUAGACCGGGACGGCACCGUGCAACCGGGCUCGUCCUACUGGGAGCGCAGCAGCUUCGGGGGCAUCCAGAUGGAGCAGGUGCAGCCCAACUCCUUCAGCCUGGGCAUCUUCAACAGCAGGAAGGAGGACGAGGGCCAGUACGAAUGCCAUGUGACCGAGUGGGUACGGGCUGUGGAUGGAGAGUGGCAGAUCGUGGGAGAGCGCCGUGCCAGUACCCUUGUCUCCAUCACGGCUCUCGAAACGGGUUUUGCAGUCACAGCCGUCUCCCGGACGCCAGGGGUGACCUACAGUGACUCCUUUGACUUGCAGUGCAUCAUCAAACCCCACUACCCAUCCCGAGUCCCCGUGUCGGUGACAUGGCGGUUCCAGCCAGUGGGCACGGUCGAGUUCCACGAUCUGGUGACCUUCACGCGGGAUGGAGGGGUUCAGUGGGGAGACAGGUCAUCUACCUUCCGAACUCGGACUGCCAUCGAGAAGGCCGAAUCCAGCAACAAUGUCCGCCUGAGCAUCAGCCGGGCCAGUGACACUGAGGCAGGCAAGUACCAGUGUGUGGCAGAGCUGUGGCGGAGGAACUACAACAACACCUGGACAAGGCUGGCGGAGAGGACCUCCAACCUGCUGGAGAUCCGGGUACUGCAGCCAGUGACAAAGCUGCAGGUGAGCAAGUCCAAGAGAACCCUCACCCUGGUGGAAAACCGGCCUAUUCAGCUGAACUGCUCAGUCAAAUCCCAGACCAGCCAGAACUCCCACUUCGCCGUGCUGUGGUACGUCCACAAGCCCUCGGACGCAGACGGCAAGCUUAUCCUCAAGACCACGCACAGCUCGGCCUUCGAGUACGGAACCUAUGCCGAGGAGGAGGGCCUGCGAGGCCGGCUGCAGUUCGAGCGGCAUGCGUCAGGUGGCCUGUUCAGCCUCACUGUGCAGAGAGCCGAGGUCAGCGACAGCGGGAGUUACUACUGCCACGUGGAGGAAUGGCUGCUGAGCCCCAACUAUGCCUGGUACAAGCUGGCCGAGGAGGUUUCAGGCCGCACAGAGGUCACCGUGAAGCAGCCAGACAGCCGCCUGAAGCUCAGCCAAGCCCAGGGGAACCUGUCCAUCCUGGAGACCCGGCAGAUCCAGCUGGAGUGCGUGGUCCUGAACCGUACCAGCAUGACCUCCCAGCUCAUGGUGGAAUGGUUUGUGUGGAAGCCCAACCACCCAGAGCGAGAAGUAGUGGCCCAUCUGAGCCGGGAUGCCACCUUCCACUAUGGUGAACAGGCUGCCAAAAAUAACCUGAAGGGGCGACUGCACCUGGAGAGCCCUUCUUCUGGCGUGUAUAGGCUCUUCAUCCAGAAUGUGGCGGUCCAGGACAGUGGGACCUACAGCUGCCGAGUGGAGGAGUGGCUGCCCAGCCCCAGUGGUGUGUGGUAUAAACGGGCUGAGGAUACAGCUGGGCAGACAGUCGUCACCGUCAUGCGACCUGAUGCCGCCCUGCAGGUGGACACAGUGGUCCCCAAUGCUACCGUUUCUGAGAAGGCAGCUUUCCAGCUGGACUGCAGCAUCCUGUCUCGAUCAAGCCAGGAUUCCCGCUUUGCCGUGGCCUGGUAUUCUCUAAGGACUAAAGGUGGAGGAAGAAGGGGCAGCCUUGGUAUUGAGGACCAAGAGGAGGAGGCGGUAUCAGAAGAAGAGGAUGGUGAAGACCCGACAGAGAGGAUGGUCCUGCUAAGCGUGGGACCUGAUGCUGUCUUUGGUCCUGAAGGCAGCCCCUGGGAAGGCAGGCUGCGCUUCCAAAGACUCUCGCCCCUGCUGUACCGGCUCACGGUGCUUGAGGCGAGCCCCCACGACACAGGCAACUACUCCUGCCGUGUGGAAGAGUGGCUGCCCAGCCCUCAGAAGGAAUGGUACCGGCUAACCGAGGAGGAGUCGGCUCCCAUUGGCAUCCGGGUUUUGGACACAAGUUCCACCCUGCAGUCGCUCAUCUGCUCCAACGACGCACUCUUCUACUUUGUUUUCUUCUACCCCUUCCCCAUCUUCGGCAUCCUCAUUAUCACCAUUCUGCUGGUGCGCUUCAAAAGCCGGAACUCCAGCAAGAACUCAGAGGGCAAGAACGGGGUGCCCCUGCUGUGGAUCAAGGAGCCGCACCUCAACUACUCCCCGACUUGCUUGGAGCCCCCUGUGCUCAGCAUCCAUCCUGGAGCCAUAGACUAAGGGAGGUGACCCCCAGCAGACGUUGCCCGUGGCAGGGUCGGGUCAGAGGAGCCCUGUGGGCUUUUCCUCAUUGCUUCAUGCUCUGUGAUUGGACAGGCGACGGCACCCGAACUCUGCGGUUUCCCUGCAGGAACCAGUCAGACCUGGAAUGUGUUGGAAGAUCCUGGUCACAGAGAUGACUGCCUCCAGGUGGCAGUUCUGGUAGCUCUUUGCACCCAACAUCCUGGGUUUCUAGUUUUUGGUUUUGGUACCGUCGUGCGUAGCUCCAGGUGCCGCAUCUACUCGCCAGUCUGUCUCGUGUUUUCAGAUUGGUGCUACGGGGUUUCCUGUUCUGUGUAAUGUACUCUUUUAAGCCCCUUUGGUCCUCUCCGUGUGGAUCUCACAGUGUUGUGGAAGGGUUUCUUUCACAACUGAAAAGCAAGAGGAAGACGACUUUAUAGUAACAAGAAAUCUCUUCCAAGACAUUUUUGUUUUUGCACAUUUGAAAAUGCCACCCGUGGAUCAAAAUACACCCAAACAUUUUUUUUUUUUUUACUUUCUUAGCAAGACUUGAAAAAUAUGUGUAGCGUGGGCCCAAUUUGUAUCUUAUCUUUUCCCUCAGCUGGAGUUGUUGGAACCACUUUAUAGUCAAGAUGAAAGCAUUGAAUUUUGCUUCAAAGAACUGCGCAUGUGCAGAAGAAACCCUGUGGAACCCCGUUAGGAUUAGAUGGUGUCCAGCGAGCCAAUCUGCCAGCGGGGGCGAAAGGGGAUCUGGUCCUUGCCAAAAAAAAAAAAAAAAAAAAAAAAAAGGCAAACCAGCCUGAAGGAUGGGUCCAGCGUUCCAGAUGGUGGCGCCUGGUUUCCGAGGGUUGCCCUGAGCAUACAUACCUACUAUUGUAGUGACCAAAGCCAGUGAUUCGGGAGGGAGGAAAGAAGGCUUGUCGUUGGCAAGCUCAGUCUCCUGACUGAGCAGGUAGCUUUCAUCUGCAGGUGCUUUGCCAAAUCUUCAAGGGGACAGGUCCAGUGAACCCGGAAGGGACUGCCUGAGUGGAGCGCUGUGGUCAGAGUGGCGGCUGUGUGUGGCCCCAUGGAGGGUGCUGAGCUGUAUCACACUGAGCUUGGGAGAAUGGAGGGGUACGGGGGUGUCCCUAGAGCCUGCUGGAGAGGCUGGAGGAAUUCUCACCUCUCUCUGUCUUCCUUCCAGACGAUGAGGUCUUCCUUAUCUGUCACUGCUCUCCCCGAAUCUCACUGCUGUGGGGAUUUUGUCCAUUUGUCCUAGGAGAGGACCAGGAGCAAUUUCUUGUGAUCUUUGCUGUCUCCUAGUCUCAACAGACAAGGGAACACAGUGUUGAGUCAGGGGUUGUCCCUUUGCUUUGUUGGAAUGUGUGUGUGGUUUUAGGGUAUGUGUGUGUGUGUGUGUGUGUGUGGUUUAGGUUGAACGGGUGUGUGUAUGUGUGUAUGCGCGUGCACGCGUGCUCAGGUUCUCUGGUUGUGCUGGUAGCUUUUAAUUUUCAGCCCACAAAUCCGAAAUCCACUGCCCUGCCCCUCCCCCCCCAGGCCAGAUGCUUAGCUGCUCUACAGCCUCAGCAUCAAUCUCGAGUCCUGCCUUUUGCUCACUCUGAAGACCUUGUGAAUCCCCCACUCCCGCUCUCCCCCAUCUUCACCAGCCAUACCUUCCCAUGGGAAUUUGCAUCCUGAGUCCCAAGAUAGAGAGCCCGGUGGAAAAAGCUGCCCAAGACUGUGGAAGUAAAUCUAACGAGAAUGAGCAAACAUGGAAGCUCCAGGAGUUCCAGGCCUCUGGGCCCUGUGGUUACAGGUCCUUCAAGGGAUCUACUGGGUGUGGGCUACUUGUAGGGUGGCAGAGGAGAAGAGGGGAAGCAAGACAAACCUUCCUCUCCUGUCCUGGCCCUCUAGUUCUCUGAGAGCUGUCCAGGCACCUUAAUUCCUCCGGUGCCUACCCUGCUGGUUCUCAUUUAUGCUGCAUCAACAAACGGGGACCAAACUGGCUCAGUCAGGAAGAAAGAAUGUCUUUUGUUCUGUUCCUUCAUUUCAUGGGUGUGGGCUCUUGGUGGGUAGUUGCUGACUCCUGGCUUUUAGGCUGAGUCAACGAGGGAAGAUUGACUCCGCCACUGGAUGGGGAGAUGCCAGAGGGCUGGCCUGGAUUAAAGUUUCUGAUAGGCUCUUUCGCCACGGAAAACUGAUGCUUCACGUAAAUAUGCAAAACGGUUGCAGGACGUUCGAGGGAACAAAGAAACCAAUGUCAGUAUUUUAACAACUGCUUUUUGUGUGUGUAUGUUCUGGGAGCUGGGGAUGCAAUCAAAAUUGAACUCUGAGCUUUCUAUGAAAAACAAACAAGCAAAAACCACAGGGCUUCUCUGUGGCUGAUUCCAUGGACAUGUGUUGUCAGCUGAAUGGUGAUGGUGCCCUCCAGUGGCUGGAUGACCUCGCUGCACAUUGUGUGCUGGGCUUUGGUCUUCUGAGUUGAGAGAGAAAAGGACUCCAUAGGGACUCCUGACACCUGUCCUGUCCACUGUGCUAGGCCUGUCCCAGGACACUCUAUGACCACACCCUCUCUCACCAGGGUGUUUCUGUAGCAAGUUUUCAUAUUCGUUUCAAACAAUGGUUUCUCUGCGUUCAUUGUUGGAGAGGGAUGGGUUGAAAAGACUAUCCGUGCAUGAAGUAGAGAGCUGUUGGUUUGUUUCAGUUUUUUUUUUUUUAAAGGAAAAACUAUUUGUAAGCCGCUGCACUAAGACAUUUUAUAUGCACUGCAGAGACUGUAGUAAAUUAUGUUGACAAUA